CCUCGCCUGAACCCGCAUACACUUGGCGGAGCGCAUUGCCAUGGAUAAGAGUCAAAAGCAGGAGGAGCAGAACGAUUUGUACGCCGGCUUCAUCCCGGCGUACAAAUCGUUCGCCACAGACGCAAUUCACAUCGGUCAGGAACCAGAGCAAUGGAAAUCAAUGGCUGUCGUGCCGCCGAUUUCUCUGUCUACCACGUUCAAGCAGCUCGAGCCAGGAAACCAUGCUGGAUAUGAAUACAGCCGAAGUGGAAACCCUUCAAGAAACUGUCUUGAGAAGGCUGUGGCUGCUUUGGAUGGGGCAAAGUAUUGCAUUGCUGUUGCCUCGGGGUUGGCAGCCACAGUUACCAUCACUCACUUGCUCAAGAUGGGUGAUGGAAUCGUCUGCAUGGAUGACGUGUACGGAGGCACAAACCGCUACUUCCAAAAUAUUGCAACUGAAAAUGGCCUGGAGGUGUCUUUUGCUGACUGUACAAAACCAGAGCUGCUGAAGGCUGCUCUGAAAGCCAACACUAAACUGGUGUGGAUUGAGACACCCUCCAACCCCAUGAUGAAGGUUGUGGACAUCAAGGCCUGUUCUCAGGUGGCCCAUGAAUACAACAAGGACAUCGUGGUGGUUGUGGACAAUACCUUCAUGUCGGCCUACUUCCAGCGCCCCUUGGCCUUGGGAGCCGAUGUCUGCAUGUAUUCAGCAACCAAAUACAUGAAUGGUCACAGUGACGUGGUGAUGGGUCUGGCCUCAAUGAACCGGGAUGAUCUGUAUGAACGACUGAAGUUUCUGCAAAAUGCUUUGGGCUGUGUUCCGUCUCCCUUUGACUGCUUCCUGUGUAACCGAGGACUGAAGACCCUACACCUGCGGAUGGAGCGCCAUUUCAAGAAUGGCAUGGCUGCUGCAAAGUUUCUGGAGGCACAUCCCAAUGUGGAGCGGGUCAUUUUCCCAGGCCUGCCCUCUCACCCUCAGCAUGAAGUGAUGAAGAGACAAUGCACCGGAUGUCCGGGGAUGAUCACCAUCUACAUUAAGGGCAAACUCGAGCACGCCAAAGUCUUCCUCAGUAACCUCAAAGUAUUUGCGAUCGCUGAGAGUCUUGGUGGUUAUGAAAGUUUAGCAGAACAUCCGGUGAUCAUGACCCAUGCAUCAGUGCCAGAAAAAGAGAGGAUUGUCCUGGGGAUCAGUGACACACUCAUCCGACUGUCUGUGGGUCUGGAGGAUGAGGAAGACAUAAUUGAAGACCUGAGACAAGCACUGGCUGCUGCUGUAAGUAACAUCCAACACUGGUGGUCCAUCAAACCAAUGUGGUUUCUGUUAAUAUUCAAACGUUUAAAUUAUGCCGCCAAGUUUAUGGGAGUGUGGAAUUAUUGUAGGCUCUCUUAAGUAAUCAUUAGGAAUCUACUGCACACUAAUUAGUUUUUCAGAAAUUGAAAGUGAGAGCAGGACAGAACAACCAGGAUGACUCGUCUGUUUUCGCUUGUUCUGUUUGAAUUCAAAUUUGAUCUGGGUUUUAAUGAUUUGGAUGUAUUUUCCCUAAAACUGGUGUGGAAAAGAAUACCUCCUUUAAAAUAUGACAUAUCAUGAAAAACUCACAUCCAUGUGCACAUACAAACUGCGAAACAGAACCUAAUUGAGCAAACAUGUGAUUUAACAAGCCAAUUCGGAUUUAACUUCCCUUCCCACGUCACGGCUCAUUAAAAGUUUCCGCCCCCCAUGAGUGAUUCCGUCUUAGAACUUUUGUAAAUCUACAGAUAUUUCAAUGUCUAAAAGCUAACUUGGAAUACUUUUCAUCGUGCCAAUUCACAAAAACUAGAGCAAUCCCAGACGUCCUUCUUACAGCCCCAAAAACAUGGAUACCACUGCAGUUCCAAAACGUAACUCAUGAUUAUCUACCAAAUAGGACAUAUAAAGGGAUUUGGUCUACUGGUCCUUUCCAGUUUCAAGGGAAUAUAUAUAUAUUUCAAAGUAAAAUAAGGGGAUUAUCUGAUUAAUACCAAGGGAGCCAGAAAUUAUUUAUUCAAGGCACACAACAACUAGUUAAUUUAGCUCUGUAGUGCAGAAUAAGGCACGCCUGUCAUCGUUUAGACAAAUCCAGCUAGAAGAAACUUCAAUUAUCUUGGGGAAACAUUUAGGGAGAGCCAGGCCAGGAAGAGUUUCAGACCAGGAUUGAGUUAAGUAUGUUGUGGUUGGUAGUUUUUUAAAGUGUGGUCCAGAGGACAUUUUCUCUAUUUCCACUUGCUUAAAAAAAUCCCUGAGAACUUGUAUUGUUUGUAUGUCAUCCCCCAAUUUCACUCUGUGUUACACUAUUUAACAUUUAUAAAAAUGUUAAUGGAUUCUCAAAAAACGGACUAAUAAUUUCUUUAAAAUACUCUUUUUAUUUAAUAGCUGCUUGAUUUUUGUCAGUAUUUUUGUUCCGUGAAGUAGAGCAACAGAGGUCUGUGUGCGGUUGGCCCUCAGAUCUGGCCUGAUUCAGUGCAGACAUCUGAAUUGUUAUCACCUUACACUCCACUCAAAAGGUUGGUGUCAACAUCUGUUCCUCAAUGGAUGUGAUUCAGAAAAAAAACCCGUAGCAUGUUAACUGUAGCUUCAUGUAUGUAUGUAUAUUGACUGACCUUUUUUCUUUUCCUCUUGUCUUUUUUUUUAUAGCACCCAAAGAUGAAAUAAUCUGUCUUCGGGGAGUACUCCAGGCUGAGUUUGAAGUCAGUCGAAGUCAGUAAGAAGAACCUGAUGUUUCAAAUCAUCGCAGAUCAAAACUUGGUACUUAAAUUCUGCCCACAUACGGCAGAUUAAACUAUUAGGCUAUUUUACUCGAACAUUAAAUGUAAUUUUAUUUAUCUCAUGCUGGGUUUCAUAUGUUUAAUGUUUUGUUUGGAGGACCAUUAAUGGGGCGUAUUACUAUACAAUAAAGACUUGUACUGCAGGAAAAACUCGGUUAUCAUGUAUAAUCUUGCUAUAAAACUUGUGUACUUCAGGGUGAAUCUUAGUUUUGGUGCACAGAACGGUCUCUAAAUGUCACUGAACUGUUAACUUUAGCUGUAAUCUGUAUUAAUCAUUUCCUAAUUCUGGCUGGCAUCAUUUCCUUUGUAAUGCUGAUUAAUCAAGUCAGAAAUAUUUUCUUUACUCUGAAGAAGUUUUUCAGACCCAUUUAAAAUAUGUGAUUAAGAACAAACGAUCUCCAUUCAAACAUGAUGAAUAGAAAUCUUGUUUUUUUGGUUCUAGAAUAUUGAUGAUAUGAUGCUUCAUUUAGUAUACGACUUGUCCAUAGAGGUAUCCUAUUCCCCAUGUUUGAGGCUAAUCAUUUGCCAAUAAAUGAGGUAGUAUUUGGUAA